AACCCUUGAUCACAAGAAUUUGGAGCUCUCUAUAUAUACAAUGUAGGAUCAAUGUCCACUUUCAUGAUGAUCAACGUGACAUUGUGACAAUACAGACGUGAUGGCGGCCUGUCUUGUUGAAUUACCAAACUACCCUCGAUCCAGAGAGGGCUUCCCGGCCUGCUCCCUUGUAUAAAUAUGGCAGCCAACAAUGCGUAGCCCCAGAUCAAUGAGCCUCAUAUAUAUCCGUGUAUUGACAGCAGACAAUACCAAGCUAGCUUUGUAUUCUUGUGCGCCUCUGCAGCUGUCGAGCGAGCGAGGUUGCUGGCCAUGGCUGCCAUCGUCCGCGAGGAGGCUCCUCCAUUGACGCACGCGGAGAACGAAGAGUUCCUUCGCGUCCUUAGGGACGUCAGGCAAUGGGUGGGGCGAGAGCCUCCGGAGAAGGUGGAGGUCGUGUUCGACGGCGUGAGCGUCGAGGCCGAGGAGCGCGUCGGUCGGAGGGCGCUGCCAACGCUGCCGAACGCCGUCUUCAACGCCGUCAAGGAUGAGCGGAAAAACCUUCGGCUAUUUUUAUAUGUUCAUAUUUUUACCACCGUGAUGUGAACAAGUAGCGGGAUAACUGGGAACCAAAACGAGCGCAUAUGGUUAUAGAAAAAAAACAGCAAAUAUGGAUGGAAGGGCGAUGGAAACGGACCGUCAACGGUAAGAGCAGACUUGUUGGGGAAGCAGGAGCAAGCUGGAUCGACCAAAGGGCAGAGAAGAAGGUUUGGAGGAAGAGCAGAGGAAGUGGACGGAUGUGGAAAGCACCAUUCACCUGGACAAAAGAAAAAUCUUUAUGUCAGACCAGAGUGUCCAAUUCCCUAUUUUAUUUUGUUGGAAUAUAAGUGAAUUGUCCAUCUCAUCAAUAUGGUAUCAAAGCUAAAGGUCUCAAGUUCAAAUCCUAGUUAGCGCAAUUAAAUAAAAUAUAAUUGCUGCUC